AUGCUUCGCUGUGAAGAAGGACAAAGUGGCCCCUCGUAUGACUCUCUACAGGAAGUCAUUGACAAGAAGUCCUUCAGACCUUCAGUCAACCUCAGCACCCCCACCAUAACCAACAUCUCCUUCACGCUCUACGCUAUCUUGGGAGUGAAUGAAAAAGCACAAAUUCUUACCACGUUUCUCUGGCUCAGGCUGUACUGGUUCCAUGAGUUCCUCAUCUGGGAUCCAGAAGCCUGUGACGGCAUUACAAAGAUCUCACUUCCUGUCAACGACCUCUGGACUCCGGACAUUAUCGUUUAUGAGUUCGUGGAUGACGAUGUAUCUCAGGCCUGUCCUUACGUGUAUGUGAACCACACGGGCCACAUCCGCUAUGACAGGAUGCUGAGGCUGGUUAGCGCCUGUAACCUACAGAUAUUCAGUUUCCCUUUCGACAUACAGAACUGCUCUUUCACCUUCGGCUCCUACAUGCAUACCAUAAAGGAUGUCCGUGUCAGUCCUGCCCUGUCCUUUAAGGAGAUGACGGGAAACUCGAAGCGUUACCUGCAGGCCAGUGGAGAGUGGGAGCUGGUGGUUAUCUUGGGCAACACGGACAUUUUGAAGUUCGGAAUAGAUGAAUGCGACAUCAUCACUUUCUGGGUGGUGAUAAAGCGACGGCCGAUACUGUACGUGGUGAACCUGAUCAUCCCCAGCUCCUUCCUCAUGAUCAUUGACAUCCUGUCCUUCUACUUGCCGCCACACAGCGUGGAUCGUUCCUCCUUCAAAAUGACCCUUAUUCUGGGAUAUACAGUCUUUCUUCUCAUUAUGAACGACCUGCUUCCCAGCACUGCUAAUGGAACACCUUUAAUAGGUAUCUAUUUCUCUGUGUGUCUGGCACUCAUGACCAUAAGUCUGCUGGAGACUGUCCUCAUCACCUUCGUCCUCCACCACAAUUCAAUGAAAUACAGGGAGGUGCCACACUGGGUUCAGGUGCUGGUGAUGCGCUUCAUCGCUCGGCUUAUUUGCUACAGUUUCCCUGAAGACCCUUUAUCCAAGCUAGAAGGGAAACAAGAAGGGAAACAAGAACCCAAUCCAUGGGUUGUCCAGCCCUCACAAUCAACGUCCGGUCAACAGACCUCCACUAAUGCCUCUGGAUCCAUGACUAUGGAUGUGCCUGAACUAAGACAGAUCAGUCAGGAUCUUAGAGAGAUAAACACUUAUUUGAACAUCCUACGAAAAGAAGACCAUCUACAGAACCAGUGGUGUCAUGUGGGCUACAUCCUGGACUUCCUUCUCUUCCGCAUUUACCUGUUGAUAAUCACGGGAUAUGCGCUUGUAAUCAUAUGCAUGUGGUGCGUUUGGAUGAACCAGUAG